AAAUGAAUCAGAUUUCUCUGUUUAUUCUCCUGAAGCUCUGCCGCCAUCAGUGAAAGACAAAGACAGAGUUUAUUGAAGGACAGUGAGAAGAUGAGUGAUCCAGAACCCUGCAGAAUUAAACAGGAAGAGACUGAAGAACUAAUAGAUGUGGUGGUGGAGGAGAGUGAAGAACUGAGUGAAGAUGAGGAGAAACAUCAUGUCAAAAGUGAAACUGAAACUCACAUAAAGAUUGAACAUGAGAUUUUAAUGGAAACAACAGCUGUAAAAGAUUUCACCUGCACUCAGUGUGGAAAGAGUUUCAGUCAGAAAUACAAUCUCAAUGUUCACAAGAGGAUUCACACUGGAGAAAAACCUUACAAGUGUUCGUACUGCGACAUGAGAUUUCAUUGUGCAAGAAACCUGAAAUCACACGAGAGGACCCACACUGGAGAGAAGCCACACGCAUGUGAUCAAUGCAGCAAAACAUUUAUAAGGGCUACAGAUCUGAAGAUGCAUCUUAGAGUUCAUACAAAGGAGAAGCCUUUUUCAUGCUCUGAGUGUGGAAAGAGUUUUACACAGACGUCAAGUUUAAGGAAGCAUGAGAUGAUCCACACUGGUGUGAGAGAGUUUGUUUGCUCUGAGUGUGGGAAGAGUUUUAUUAAAGCUGCAGAUUUGAAACGACACCAGAGGAUUCACACUGGAGAGAAACCGUACAAGUGUUCACACUGCGACAAGAGAUUCCAAUAUUCAGGACACCUGAAAGCACAUCAAAUGGAUCCCACUUUAGAAAAGCAGUUGACGUGUACUCAGUGUGGGAAGAGUUUCAGACAAUUAGCAAAGUUUAAUCGACACAUGCUGAUCCACAUGGGUGUGAAACCUCACAAAUGUGAUCAGUGCGGCAAAACAUUUUUGAGGGCUUCAGGGCUGAAGAAACAUCUUCGAGUUCAUACAAACGAGAGGCCUUAUCCAUGCUCUGUGUGUGGAAAGAGUUUCAGACAGACGUCAAGUUUAAGAAAACACCAUAAGAUCCACACUGGUGUGAGAGAGUUUGUGUGCUCUGAGUGUGGAAAGAGAUUUAUUACAGCUGGAGACUUGAAACGACACCAGAUGAUUCACACCGGAGAGAAACCGUACAAGUGUUCACACUGCGACAAGAGAUUUCGUAGGUCAGAACGCCUGAAAGCACAUGAGAUAACUCACGGAGAGGAACACACAAAUGCGGUCUGUUUUACACAUCAAUGAAUUAUAUAUUCCUGAAAGCUCUUUAUUCACAGACAUCAGGUUUGACAGUUAAAUGUGUGUAUGGUAAUGAAUUCCAGUCAUUUGAAAGUAGGGCACAUGUAGCUUAAUUACAAUUAGCAUAACUCCAUGAAUGAAUUACAGCUAUGUAAUUGUAUAUCCAGCAAUGCAGUGGAAUAUUCAUUGGUUUGACUCAAACAACAGAUCAUUUGUUUGCUAUGAUUUGUAAUCCAUGAAUGUUGGGUAUUACAAGUAUCUUAUUUCAGAAAAUAUUACUAAAGAUAAAAGUGUAGUAACCAGUAAUAUGAACUUCUGUGUGUGGUCUGUAUAUUAGUCCUGCCCCCCUCAAUUGUUUGGAUAGAUGAAUAAAAAACUACAGUGAGUGUGUUUA